CCAGGUGAAGCAUAUAUUUAGAAUCAAGGUCAAGUCGCACUCUGGGGUGGGGAAACUCAUCAAGACCUACCAGGACCUUGCCGGGGAGAUCCACAAGACCAACUCCCCCGAUGUGAUUAUCAGCGUCUCCAGCAUGGUGGUGCUACUUUUCUUCACCAUCGUCAUCAACCCUAGACUGAAAGCCAAACUGGGCUUCGACCUACCCAUCAACCUCAUUCUGGUCAUCAUGCUGACCAUCAUAUCCCACUUCGCCGACUUCCACAAGAAGUUCCACGUCUCGGUCGUCGGGGAAGUCCCGUUCGGCAUGCCCACUCCAGGAAUUCCCAAUUUCGCCAUCCUCCCGAACAUCUACGUCGACAUCUUGGUCCUGACGACCAUCUCCUUCGCCAUGACGAUCUCCAUGGCGAUGCUGAUGGCAAAAAUCCAUGGCUACGACAUCGACAGCAACCAGGAGCUCAUCGCUUACGGCAUCUGCAACGUCGGUUGCUCGUUUUUCUUCUCCCAGGCCACCAGCGUUUCCCCGCCCCGCACAAUGAUCCUGAGCAACACCGGGGCGAAGACGAUGCUCAACGGGAUUCCCACGGUGCUAUUCUUAUUCAUCAUGUUCUUCGCCGGUGGGAUGCUGGAAGCGUUACCGAUCCCGUACUUGGCCGCGAUGAUUAUCGUGUCGGUGAAAGACUUGCUGCUGCAGUUCCUGUCCCUGAAGAAGAUCUGGAAGAUCAGCAAGUCCGAUUUCGUGGUGUGGAUCCUGACGUGGCUGAUGACGGUGUUCGCCGACCUGCCGUGGGGGAUCGUCGCCGGGAUGGCGAUCGCCAUCUUCGGCAACAUCAUCAACAACCAGCUGAUCCAGGGGUCUCUGAUCGUCGUCUCCAACAAGGAGGACCUCAUCCUCAAGGGAGAGCACCGGCUCGGCGUCCACAACCCGACGGGCAUCAAGAUCUUCUACUUCCCCUCGCAGCUCUUCUUCGCCAACGCGGAGGUCUUCAAGAAGCAGAUGUUCAACAACGUCUUUGACCCGACCAACUCAAAGGAUCUGAGCUACCACCUUGGCGUCGACGACCCGGACGAGAUGGCCCUGGUGACGGAGUCGGUGCACUGCAUCAUCAUCGACUGUUCCGCAAUGACGUACAUGGACAUGGACGGCGUCAACAUGCUGAAGAUGGUCAUCCUCCUGUACCGCCAGGCCGGCGUGCAAAUGCUGCUGGUGAGGGUCGGGCAGGACGCGAUGCGCGUGAUGGAGAACGCGGAGCUGUUCCAGAUCCUGCCCAGGAGCUGCAUAUUCCACGACGUCGAGGACGCGCUGGCCAACGAGCAGAAGACGCGGGUUGGCGUGAGUCGAUUAUCGAUGACAGUUACCACGCCGUAUCGGGAGGACAGCCUCGAACAGUUCUUAGGUGAGACACGCAUUUUUUAAACACAAUUUAAAAAUUUUAAUUUUAAAAGAAAACAAACAAAAAACUUGGUGUGAGUAAUGUGAUUGGAGCCUGGGUAUAAGUCCCUGGCUGUAGUGUACCGGCAACCAUAUUUAUGUGCCGAUAAUAAAUGGACUGCGUUCAAGUUGUGAGAAGGAAAUAUUAGAACAAGGUAUGUGGAAGCUUGGCUCGAAAGACAGGACAAUAAGAAGAAUAAGAUAAGAAAGUUUCGGCCAAGAGCCUUCCUCGGCAGACAUAACCAUUGAAAAUACGACAAGAAUCGGGAACUAAUUAAAAAAACUUAACGAAAUGCCAACUUCCGGCAACAACAAUGGCGAUCACUUGAGUUUUUUAACGUGUUUCUAUUUUUGUCGUACUUUCAAUAUACAGUAGUGGUGGACAUUAAAUGGGUUGCACAUUUUCAUAAUGCAGUAGUGGUGGACUCAUGGGAUGCACAUUUUUUUAAUACAUUAGUGGUGGACUCAUGGGAUGCACAUUUUUUUAAUACAUUAGUGGUGGACUCAUGGGGUGCACAUUUUUUUAAUACAUUAGUGGUGGACUCAUGGCAUGCACAUUUUUAAUACAGUAGUGGUAGACUGAUGGGGUGCACAUGUUCAUAGUGCAAUAGUGGUGGACUAAUGGGAUGCACAAUUUCAAAAUGCAGUAGUGGUGGACUAAUGGAGUGCAUAUUUUCAAUAUACAGUAGUGGUUACUGAUGAGGUGCACAUUUUCAUAAUGCAGUAGUUGUGGACUCAUGGGCUGCACAUUUUCAUAAUGCAGUAGUGGUGGACUAAUGGGGUGCACAUUUUCAAUUACAGUAGUGGUGGACUGUUGGGGUGGCACAUUUUCAUAAUACAGUAGUGGUGGACUGUUGGGGUGGACAUUUUCAUAAUACAGUAGUGGUGGACUGUUGGGGUGGACAUUUUCAUAAUGCAGUAGUGGUGGACUGUUGGGGUGGCACAUUUUCAUAAUACAGUAGUGGUGGACUGUUGGGGUGGACAUUUUCAUAAUACAGUAGUGGUGGACUGUUGGGGUGGCACAUUUUCAUAAUGCAGUAGUGGUGGACUGUUGGGGUGGCACAUUUUCAUAAUACAGUAGUGGUGGACUGUUGGGGUGGACAUUUUCAUAAUACAGUAGUGGUGGACUGUUGGGGUGGACAUUUUCAUAAUACAGUAGUGGUGGACUGUUGGGGUGGCACAUUUUCAUAAUACAGUAGUGGUGGACUGUUGGGGUGGCACAUUUUCAUAAUGCAGUAGUGGUGGACUGUUGGGGUGGCACAUUUUCAUAAUGCAGUAGUGGUGGACUGUUGGGGUGGCACAUACCUCUUCCCAUUCCUCCCUACCUAACCUGUGUGAUCCCAAUGGAGCAUUCAACAUGAUUGUAGGUCUUUUCUUCACAUGACCUUUGUGCUUGGAGGGGUCGAUGCCUUUGGUCGUUUCCCCGGCUUAUUACGGCGUACACCUCUACGGCUUGUGUGAGCUAUAACGUGUUUCGGCCCCCCUUUGAAGGCGACCAAGGCCGGCCUGCACACCUUAUUUAGCAGGAUGUUUUUGUUUUGGUUGUUGUGUUGCUAAGAUAACUUUCUCUUCAUGUAGUGAUGAUGCCAUCUUGUCUCAUUUUCUUAAAGUUGCAGCCAAGUUCAAGUACCAGUUUGCGCCAGCCAUUUUAAAAAAAGUGGGGGUGGGGGGGUAAUCAUGUCUUUAUAUACCCCCCCCCCCCCCACGUCCUGUCCCACACCAAGGGAAAAAAGUUCUUGGCGAAAGGAACGGAAAAAGGGGGGGGGGGGGUAUUGAAGGAAGAAGAGAAGGACAGGCCCAUGUCCCACUUAUUGCUUGGCCGAAUUCUCCCCACCUAAGAUCUUUCCUAAACAAAAUAAUUACCCCCCCCUUUCUUUAAAAAUUUAUUGAUUUAAGAUAUCGUUUCAUUUUUUUUCUGCCUGAGAAGGAUCAAAUAUCUUAUGAGCUGUGUCAUGGCAUUCGUCAAUUCUGGUUUUUUGAUGUUUUAAUUUUAAGCUGUAAAGCGUGGAUGCUCCGACUGAGUUCGGUCCGGUUAUACUUGGGAUAAUAACCUGUUUGUCAGCUAACCCAACACUGCCGCUGUGUUUCAGAGUGUUUGUUUAUUUAUAAGAACGAAGUAGGUUGAACUUGUAAGGGUGUUUUAUUUCACAAUGCAUUAUGCGCAUACAGUUGCGAAAAAAAGGGGGGACGGGGGUGCGGUCCGCCCGGGGGCGGCACAUUUUCCCUUUAUAAUGAGAGGCGGCGUUUUAGGCCAACUGCAGAGUGUUGACCGUGGGCGCAAAAAGCUUGUCCCGCCAUGGGCGGCACUAACCCUACCCCCGUCAUUGUGGGAAUAACUCGUGAACGGAAUACAAGUGUGCAGACUGUCAAAGUACAAGUGUGCAGACUGUCAAAGUACAAGUGUGAAGAUUUGUUAAUGUUCUGUCAAAGUACAAGUGUGCAGACUGUCAAAGUACAAGUGUGCAGACUGUCAAAGUACAAGUGUGAAGAUUUGUUAAUGUUCUGUCAAAGUACAAGUGUGCAGACUGUCAAAGUACAAGUGUGAAGAUUUGUUAAUGUUCUGUCAAAGUACAAGUGUGCAGACUGUCAAAGUACAAGUGUGAAGAUUUUUAAAUGUUCUGUCAAAGUACAAGUGUGAAGAUUUGUUAAUGUUCUGUCAAAGUACAAGUGUGAAAAUUUGUUAAUGUUCUGCCAAAGUACAAGUGUGAAGAGUGUUAAUGUUCUGUCAAAGUACAAGUGUGAAGAUUUGUUAAUGUUCUGUCAAAGUACAAGUGUGAAGAUUUGUUAAUGUUCUGUCAAAGUACAAGUGAGAAGAUUUGUUAAUGUUCUGUCAAAGUACAAGUGUGAAAAUUUGUUAAUGUUCUGCCAAAGUACAAGUGUGAAGAUUUGUUAAUGUUCUUUCAAAGUACAAGUGUGAAGAUUUGUUAAUGUUCUGCCAAAGUACAAGUGUGAAGAUUUGUUAAUGUUCUGUCAAAGUACAAGUGUGAAAAUUUGUUAAUGUUCUGCCAAAGUACAAGUGUGAAGAUUUGUUAAUGUUCUGUCAAAGUACAAGUGUAAAAAUUUGUUAAUGUUCUGCCAAAGUACAAGUGUGAAGAUUUGUUAAUGUUCUGUCAAAGUACAAGUGUGAAGAUUUGUUAAUGUUCUGCCAAAGUACAAGUGUGAAGAUUUGUUAAUGUUCUGCCAAAGUACAAGUGUGAAGAUUUGUUAAUGUUCUGUCAAAGUACAAGUGUGAAGAUUUGUUAAUGUUCUGUCAAAGUACAAGUGAGAAGAUUUGUUAAUGUUCUGUCAAAGUACAAGUGUGAAAAUUUGUUAAUGUUCUGCCAAAGUACAAGUGUGAAGAUUUGUUAAUGUUCUGUCAAAGUACAAGUGUGAAGAUUUGUUAAUGUUCUGCCAAAGUACAAGUGUGAAAAUUUGUUAAUGUUCUGCCAAAGUACAAGUGAGAAGAUUUGUUAAUGUUCUGUCAAAGUACAAGUGUGAAGAUUUGUUAAUGUUCUGUCAAAGUACAAGUGUGAAGAUUUGUUAAUGUUCUGUCAAAGUACAAGUGUGAAGAUUUGUUAAUGUUCUGCCAAAGUACAAGUGUGAAGAUUUGUUAAUGUUCUGUCAAAGUACAAGUGUGAAGAUUUUUUAAUGUUCUGUCAAAGUACAAGUGUGAAGAUUUGUUAAUGUUCUGUCAAAGUACAAGUGUGAAAAUUUGUUAAUGUUCUGGCAAAGUACAAGUGUGAAGAUUUGUUAAUGUUCUGUCAAAGUACAAGUGUGAAGAUUUGUUAAUGUUCUGUCAAAGUACAGGUGUGAAAAUUUGUUAAUGUUCUGCCAAAGUACAAGUGUGAAGAUUUGUUAAUGUUCUGUCAAAGUACAAGUGUGAAGAUUUGUUAAUGUUCUGCCAAAGUACAAGUGUGAAAAUUUGUUAAUGUUCUGCCAAAGUACAAGUGAGAAGAUUUGUUAAUGUUCUGCCAAAGUACAAGUGUGAAAAUUUGUUAAUGUUCUGCCAAAGUACAAGUGAGAAGAUUUGUUAAUGUUCUGUCAAAAUACAGGUGUGAAGAUUUGUUAAUGUUCUGUCAAAGUACAAGUGUGAAGAUUUUUUAAUGUUCUUUCAAAGUACAAGUGUGAAGAUUUGUUAAUGUUCUGUCAAAGUACAAGUGUGAAGAUUUGUUAAUGUUCUGUCAAAGUACAAGUGUGAAGAUCUUUUAAUGUUCUGUCAAAGUACAAGUGUGAAGAUUUGUUAAUGUUCUGUCAAAGUACAAGUGUGAAGAUUUGUUAAUGUUCUGCCAAAAUUGAUUACAUAUUGUAUUUUGUUGUAAAAUUACAUUCACUCGCUUUGUAGUUGAAAUUAAAACUGUUUAACCAUAGUGAUGCCUGUCUUCCUAUUGCAUAUGUUUGCUCUGGGAACUUAAGCAGAUUUAAUGUUGUUUUGCUAAACUCAUCUGGGUGAAUUCACUCUUCAUUGAAUUUAAACUGAUUUAAGUUACAGGUUCUCAAAAUAUUUAUAGGGCAUGGGGGCUUCCGGGCCUUCCUUGAGGCACUCCAAGUCAAAUUCUAAAACUUUUCUUUCUUUUUUUAUUUACAAGUUGUUCACUCUCACAAGUUGUUCACUCUCACAAGUUGUUCACUCUCACAAGUUGUUCACUCUCACAAGUUGUUCACUCUCACAAGUUGUUCACUCUCACAAGUUGUUCACUCUCACAAGUUGUUCACUCUCACUGUUGAAAAAAAAGAAAAAGGAGAACUAUUUCCUUAAGUUCACUUGACAGAAUCCCCAAUAAUAUUCAUCAGCUACUAAUGGAACCCCCAGACUGCGAAAAACUUACAAAAUCUUUAGGCAAGAAAACAAGCGAUAAACUUAAUUAUUAUAGAGCCCUGUUGUAUAACCAUUUUCAAAAGCUUCUGCCAAACAAACAGGACAGAGUGAGUUACGGACCGGCACCCAUGAGUUACGGACCGGCACCCAUGAGUUACGGACCGGCACCCAUCCACUAGAUGUUGUGAAGUUUGACAUUAGGCCAUUUUUUUUUUAAAACCUCUAAUUUAAGUGCUCCCCCUUUUUCAUUUUAUAUUUUCAUUGUAGAAACUUUAUUAACUUAUGGAUCUGUUGGUACGUCCUGUGUGCUUGAUUAAUUUUCUGUGGUCAUUUUAACCUAAAUGAUAAAUUGAAAGUCAUCUUUAUAGCAAAAUAAUCACAUUUCUUUUUAUUUGAACAUGUCAUCACAAUCUGUUUGUGAAUAAUUCAUUUCACGGCUUGCACAUGAAACGCUCCUGCUGUGAUGAGUGCCCAGUUCCUCAACACUGAGCCCCACACAACGUUUGUACAUACACACUUUUAUUUUAAGUAGAGUCGUAGAGUCUUGGUCUUGCGUGAGCCUUGAUACCUCAUGAGAUUAUGAACCGCUAGUGUAUACUAUCAGUAAGUUUACACAGCCCAUUUAAACAGCCGUUUAUAAUUCAUUUAAAUUAAAUUUGCCUUGUUAUGCCGCUUAAGGAUAAAUAACUAGUAGAAAACCUUAAAAAAAAAAAAAUUGAUCACAGAAGGGUCAUGAUUAAAGAUACAAAAAAUAUUUUGGACAUAAUUUCUCCUCUCUUCUGGUACAGUUUUCAAAAGUAGCUCGAAUUUAAAAGUCAAUAACUGAUUCCUUGAAAUUGGAGCAGAAGUCAUAUCAAAUUUUGUUCAGACUCCACAGCUUUAUUACCUGAUGUCUUGAACAGUCCCCAGUAGCGGAGUGAUUAUCAACUGCUGAGGUGAAAAAACCUCAAACACAUUUGCAAAAGAGCAAUAGGGUAUGGGGCGGGGGGGAAAUUUUUUUUAUACAUUCACAAAACAAUCUUUCAUCACAUAGUUGCAAUUUUCAAUUCUUCAUGUACACAACCUCAGAUCCCACAAAUUAAAAAAAAUGAGGACCCCCAUUGUUGUGCAUCAAAUCACAAAUUAGUCGUAAGAUUUGUACGAAUAAAGUUAUACAAAUGAUAUACAUGCAUACAAUAUUAUAUAUGCACAUGGUUCAUUCAAGCUGUCAAGAUUUAAGCGACUGCUGCAUCACAUUUCACACAAAUCAGAACUAGACACGCUCCAGUAUGACGGUGAUUCCCUGGCCUCCACCGAUGCAAGCACUGCCCAAAGCGUACUGCAGCUUUCUGCGUCUGGAAUUCAAAGCAGAUGAAAACACCAUUUAAAAAAAAAAACGAAAAAAAAAGAAGAAAAAAAAAACUGACCAUGUCUCAACAAGGGCUGAUCAAAUUGUGCUAUGGGGUCUGAUCGAUGGGGUCUGAUUGAUGACCAACUGGCCAUGUCCUAACCAAGUUGGAUCAUAUUGUGCUAUGGUAUAUGAUCGACACACAACUGGCCACAUCCUAACCAAGUUGGAUCUUAUUUGUCUAUUGGGUCUGAUCGAUGAACAACUGGCCACGUCUCAACCAAGUUGGAUCAAGUGUGCUAUGGGGUCUGAUCGAUGAACAACCGGCCGUGUCUCAACCAAGUUGGAUCAAGUGUGCUAUGGGGUCUGAUCGAUGAACAAUGGCCACGUCUCAACCAAGUUGAAUCAAGUGUGCUAUGGGGUCUGAUCGAUGAACAACUGGCCACAUCCUAACCAAGUUGGAUCAUAUUGUAUUAUGGGGUCUGAUCGAUGAACAACUGGCUGUCUCAACCAAGUUGGAUCAUAUUGUGCCACAUAUGGGGUCUGAUCGAUUCAUGAAAGAUUCAUGUUAAAAAACAAGUGUACCAGAAAUAUCAUGAAAUAAUACAUGUUUUUAUGUGACUGGAGGCAAGUCUAUUUGGCUGCAUGAAAUAAGCAUUACAUCAACUCAAGGAAAUCAAAUUUACUAUGUUUUUUAGGGCAAAAUUUGUACGAAAGCAGAAUGAGAUUUUUUUUAAAUUGAAAAUAUCCAACUGGAAUAAUAAUUGAAUAUAUUGAGCUCAGAGCAAAGCCUUUUAAAAAAGAAUAACCAGUUAUAUUGCUUUCAAGGUAUUUAACUGGAAUAAUAAUUGACAAUUAAUAUUACUUUCUCACAAAGUAUUCAAUAAGCGAUACUUUACACAGUUUGAAUAAAGCUAAUAGCCAGUAAAAGUAAUGAUAUAUAUAUCAAUAGUUGACAUAAUGUAUUACCUGAUUUCAUAAACCAGAUUGGUUGUGAUCCUGGCCCCGGUGGCGCCCAGGGGGUGACCGAGGGCGAUGGCCCCUCCGUUUACGUUUGUCUUGUCAUUGUCCAGGCCGAGUUCUUUGGCAACAGCCAGGAACUGAGGGGCAAAGGCCUCAUUCACCUGAUACAAGGAAUAAACAGAUUUACAAUUGCACUGUUGUGCUAAGAAUAGGCAUAUUUUUUUUCUCAUGCUGUGAUGGUUAUAACUUCUUUCAUUUUCAAGUGCUACAGUCUAAUGGCAAAAUUUCACUAGCUAGCACUGUUCAACUGUUUCCUAAUAACAUUUUUUUUCCAAGAAUUUAAACAUAGAUUUAUGGGGCAGAUAACUAUAAAUAAAUACAAUUUUAGAGCAGAUGUUGGAGGGGUAGGGGAGAGCUGGCUAUUUUUUUUUCACAGUAGAUGAAAAUCCUAGUUUUAAGAGGAUAAACUAAUUUUAAAAAAAAAUUACUCUGACAUUGAAAACAAUUUAAUAAAAAACAAAAAAAAACAAGAAUACGAAGAAAGGGCAUCAUCCAUCUUAAUGACUCAAUUUUUUUAGCGUUUACUUUUUGUUUAUUCCCAACAAAACCACGGCCCCCUUCAUAUCUGUUUUGUGAUCUGGAGAGAUUCACAUCGAAUCCCCCCCCCCCCUUUUCACCCCAUCAACCGACUCCCUCCGUUACUUUCCAAUACUUGCCUCGACUACAUCCAUGUCUUUUACUGUUUUUCCGAGUGCAGAGAGUGCAGCUUGUGACGAUGGGACGGGACCGAUGCCCAUGAUCUUUGGAUCGCAACCUUCCAUGAGGUCAGUGGAUCAAAUCGCCAGCGGCAUGAAUAAAGAAACAUUUGAUUUAGCAAGACACGUCUCCAGCUUCCUCAACAUCAUGGCAGCUUCAUCGCCAAAAUUAAGCACACAUCAGCUAGUUAAAUCCACAUCAGUUUAAUGAAAGCCACUUCACCAUAAUGAAAGACAUCUGAGUGUAAUGAAAGCCACCUCACCAUAAUGAAAGACAUCUGAGUGUAAUGAAAGCCACAAAGCCAUUUCACCAUAAUGAAAGACAUCUGAGUGUAAUGAAAGCCACUUCUGCAUAAUGAAAGCAAUUUCAUCAUAACUGAAGCCACUUCAUCAUGAUGAAAGACACCUGAGUGUAAUGAAAGCCACCUCACCCCAAUGAAAGCCACUUCACCACAAUGCAAGCCAACUGAGUGUAAUGAAAACCACUUUACCGCCAUGAAACCAACUACACAGUUGGUUGUGAAACCCACAAGAAAUUGUUUAGUCUCAGACUCCUCAGAAUUUAAAAAAAAAAAAAGGGCACCUCACACGAUACAAAACUUAGAAUGAACAAACGUAUGAGUGUAAUAAAAACCACUUUACCGCCAUGAAACCAACUAACCAGUUGGUUGUGAAACCCACAAGAAAUUGUUUAGUCUCAGACUCCUCAGAAUUUAAAAAAAAAAAAGGGCACCUCACACGAUACAAAACUUAGAAUGAACAAACGUACGAGUUAACGGUGGUCUCAGAGCUAAAAGAAAUGGCCGACUCCAAAAUUACACAGCGGCAAUCAAAGGAAGUACAUCAAAAAAUCCACAAGCCAAAUCAUUAAUUUCAAAUAUUCCAUGACUAGACUAGAAAAUACUCCACAUCAUUUUAUCCUGAGUAGUAAUAAUACUAUUCAAAAGUCCCAAUUUAAAAUAUUCUUUGAAAAAAUUACUAUUUUAAAUUAUGUUUACAAAACCAACAACCUCCC